ACUGCCUGUGACGUAGUCGAUUGGUGAUCGAGUCGACUUGCUUACUAACACCCGGGUCAAGACAGCAACAAUGACAAAGCUCAAGCAACAAGACUUCCACAUGUUUUUAGCCGCUGUUUUUGCCAUUUUACAGCUUGCUUGUGUUACGGGCUUCCCGACAGUCGAUCCGUCAAAAGCCAUCCAAAAUAUUACUAUUGCCAGUGGCCCCCCAAGCAUCUCAAACAGGAACACAUCAGAAACCCAAGACUUGAUGAAUUUGAAUAAAACCGUUACUGCUCAGCUCACUACAAUCGCUUCAACAGUGGUCAGAACGUCAGCACCCCUUAAACCAACAAGUGCAGCUAAGGUGUCUUCAGACACAUCCAAGCCUAUUGAGUUGAACACAAGUGAAACAAAGUCAACAAAUCUUUCUGAAUCCAAGUCACACGAUUUUACUGACGUUGCUAAAGUAGACCCAAGUCUCACUCCGGGUUUUGAGUCCACCACCUCUCUUUUUGAAAUUGACACCACUGUCAAUAAGGUCUAUAAAAGUAAUGGAGACCCCAAUGAAGAACAUAUGAAGGAUGAUAAAAAUGGUCAGCAGGAGGAAAAUAAAAUCUUAAACCAAGACACUCAGAAUGAUGAUAACAUUAUUAAGGAUACUACCAAAGAUAAUCUUGUGAGAUCUGAAAAAAUUGAUAUAAACAUAAAAGAUUCCACCAUCUAUGCCACUCAAGAUGAAGACUCGCAUUUCUUCUUCCAUCUGGUGAUCAUUGCUUUGCUGGUGGCCAUAGUAUACAUCACGUAUCACAAUAAAAGAAAGAUCAUGCUCCUGGCUCAAAGUCUGCGCUGGAGGGAAGGCCUUUGCACCCGCACCACAGAGUACCACCGGCUUGACCAGAACAUUGAUGAGGCAAUGCCUUCAUUAAAGAUGACCAACAAUUAUGUGUUUUAAAGCAACCAUAUUCCAUUAUCAACAUUAUAAUCUUAAAGAUAAAGACAUGAGUAUAAUAAUUGUGAAUGCAAACUGCUGAUUAUUAUUGAAUGCACAGUGUAUUAUGUAUUUAAUGUUAAUCAAGAAACCUUGUUUAUCUAGUUUGUGUUAUUCUAAGUCUCAUUUAGUUAUCUGAUUUCUUUACCUUUUUUUCCCUCUAGAUAUUUCAGGGAUAGGCAUCUGCUAGUAUGUUUCUUCAUGGCUUUUGAAAGGGCUAGAUCAUUGUUAGUUUUAUUAGUGUAAUAUAUAUAAAAUAUAAGAUUGAAUGUAAGCAGUGCCAGAGCACUUAUUUAAUUUCAAAUGAUUAAUAUAGAGCACCUCAAUAAAAUUCCAGGGUUAAAUUUUAUAAUUAAUCAAAAUGAUCACUCACAGUUUUGCUGGCUGUAAUUUUUUUACAUUCAAAUUUACAUAUAGGAAUUAAUAAUCUUGUCUUAUGAUGUACCAUUGUAAAGAAUACAAGAAAAGGAUAGUCUAUGGUUUUUUAUGCAGUCUUGGGGCGGGACCCUUUGUUAUUUUUCUUGUGACAUGAAAUAUCAGUCCUACUGCGUAGUGUGUAAAUACAGGGAAGCGUGGACAAUGAUGAUGGCAUUUAUUUGCUCUGUAUUCAGCUAUAAUUUGCCCAGCGCUUUGUGUUAAAUCUAAUGGCAGUGCUGUGCAGGACUUAAAUAUUUGCUGUAUUUUGGGUGGGUCAACAAAAACUGUUAUUAAAAAAAAAUCUUUAAUAAUAAUUUUCCUUUUGUUUAUAUGCAAUAAACUAGGUGAAAGCCAAAAACACAAGAAUUGGACAGUAAAUGAAUGGAAGAAAGUUCUGUGGACAGCUGAUUCCAAAUUUGACAUUUUUGGUUCUAACAAGAACUUUUGUAAGACUUUGAACAGGAGAGAUGUUAUCAGAUCACCCACAGUCAAACAUAAAGGGGGAAACUUAAUGGUAUGGAUUUGUUUUAUGGCUGCAACUAACGAUUAUUUUGAUAAUCUAUUAAUCGGAUAAAAAAAAGUUUUUAUUAGAUGUUUUGCAUAUUAUAACUAUAUAAAACCUUAAUUCAGAGUAUUUAUGUAUAAAACACACAUUGAGUUAAACUAUUUUUGAUGUUGACAUUUUUAAGGUUUAUAGUGGCUGCUUGUUGAGGAGAGUAUGGGGGAUUUCUCCAUUAAACAAAUUCACUCAUG